AUGGGUUGGAUAAAGGGAGAUGGUGAGAUAGAGGACUCGUACAAAAUAAGCAAAAUAGGUGCCCAUGUACCUGAUCUUGUUGUCUACAGCACCCUCACCAACGACAUCCCCUACGCAGAGAACUUUCAUGGAGUCCUUCUCUUCGCGGAUGUAUCAGGCAAGCUAUCUGGAAGUCAACUAAUCAAUUUUGUAUAUUUUUUAGGCUUCACUAAUCUGACUGAGAAAUUCAGUUUGAGUAGCAAGAAAGGCUAUGGAGCAGACGAGUUGACACGCACACUCAACAGCUACAUUGGUGAAAUAGUCAGUCAUAUCCUUGAUGCUGGGGGAGAUAUUCUGAAUUAUGCAGGCGAUGCCAUCUUGGCUCUAUGGACGGUGGAGAGAGUCCAGCUCAGUGAAGUAAUCUCCCUGGUAGUCAAAUGCAGCCUCAACAUCCAGGACCAGUGUGGAGUCCGGGAGACAGAAGUUGGCUGUCAGCUAAAAGUUAAAAUAGGUAUAUCUGCUGGGAAGCUCUCCAAGGUGAUCGUAGGAGACGAGAUCUGUCAGUACUUUGUGGUGAUUGGCCGGGCAGUAGACGAGGUGCGGCUGGCAGAGGGUUUGGCGGUGGCCAGCACAAUCAUCUUGUCACCUAACGCCUGGGAACUAUGUGAGAGGGACAACAUCGCCAUUGACCCCAUAGAGAACGAGAGAGCCGUGAAGGUACGAUACAUCAAGCGAGAGCCCAGUUUCUCUGUUGAGAAGUACCAGGAUUCAAUAGGAACGUCUGUAGAGCAUGAAAAAGUAACAGGAGAUUGUGUGAGGAAAGCAUCUCGACUGAUGCCAAACGCAGAGCUUGAGAAAACUUUACGGAAGUACAUCAUGAAAACGGUUUUGCAGAAGAUAGAUGACGACCAGCCUCUGGAGUAUCUUUCUGAGAUGCGUCCGGCCACCAUAGUGUUUGUCAACAUGCAGUUCAAGGGAGGAGAGAGUGACCAGGAGCAGUGUAUGACCAUCCACCAGGCUGCCAUUGGCAUCGGUCAGCAGAUAGUCAAGCACCACGGGAGGGUCAAUAAAGUGUUCAUGUUCGACAAGGGCUGUACUUUCCUCUGUCUGUUUGGGCUCCCUGGGGACAAGCGGGAGGAUGAGAGUGCCCACGCCUUACAGGCUGCCUAUGGAGUACAUUACCUUUGCCAGAAAGAGAUCCGUAGCCUCAAGACUGUCUCUGUUGGAGUAACCACAGGCCCAGUGUUCUGUGGUGUAGUAGGACAUCCAGUGAGGCAUGAAUACACAGUGAUUGGUCGUAAGGUGAACCUGGCGGCACGGCUGAUGAUGCACUACCCCGGGGUAGUGUCAUGUGAUAGCGAGACUUGCUACUACUCAAAACUGCCCGCGUUUUAUUUUAACGAGCUGCCCAAGAAAGCCAUGAAGGGAGUCAAGAACCCUGGAGUCCUAUAUCAGUUCAUGGCCAAUAAACAGCAGAUAACUGUUGGUAAAGCACCUAUGUCCGUUGAGAGAGAGGAGGGAUAUCCUCUUUUGGGCCGAGAGAAAGAAAUUGAAGUGUACUCCAGCAUGCUGAAGGGCUUCUUGGAGGCCAGGGCUGCAGGUCACAAGAACUACAACAAUGUUUUGAUCUACGAGGGACCUAUCGGCUAUGGCAAGAGCCGCCUGCUGGCUGAGGUGGUAUACAGAACAGCCAAGGAGGGAGUCAGAGUGAUUUCUUUUGAGCUGGCCAAGACGGGCAUCAAGCAGUCUAACUACGCUCUCCAGACCCUACUGGCCAUCGUCAUGUCAGUUCAGAACUGUAAGAGCUACGCCGAGCGAGAGAGAGUCCUCCUCUCCAAGAUCCUAGACCCAAAGAAGAGGCAGAACCUCUGUCUUCUCAAUGAUAUCCUGUUAGUCAAGUUUCCUGUGUCUAAGGAUGUGUCACUCAUGGACAGUCAAACGAAGAACAAGAAGAUGAGGAACUACUUUCUGGAGUUGUUUUGCAAGUUCGCCGAGGACGAGCCGUGCGUGUACGUGCUGGACCAGGCUCACUUUGUGGAUCGAGCCUCAUUGACCUUCCUGCUCGAAGCAUGCGAAAGAGCCUCGGUUCUGGUGUGUAUGGCCCUUCUCCCCCACACCAGUCAGGGCGGGCCCUUCCCGGAGCUUAGCCGCAUCAUCAAGGACCCCCGGACCCUCUACCUUAACCUGUCUGGGUUGGAGCCCCCCGUCAUCGCCCAGCUAGCCUGCCAGAUCCUGGGGGUGGUCCGCAUCCCUAGCGAGGUGGAGCUGUUCCUGGUGGAGAGAAGCCAUGGAGUUCCAUACUACUGUGAGGAGCUCUUGAAGAGUCUGUAUCUGGGAAAUCUGAUCGUGAUCGAGGAGGUGGAGGAGGAGGAUGAGGCUAAAGACGUAGACAUCCUGUUCCCUGAGCCCACCCUGGUGGUACACUGCUCCAAACCCAGCCAGGUGUGGCAAGAGGAGGACGCCAGGGCCGGAGCGCUGGGUCCACCCAAGGCAUCCAUGUUGAAAUCCCGCAAGAUCACAACCGUGGACCAUUUUGUUGACCGUGCUUUGGUCUGUUUUGUCGGAGAAGCUGCCAAAUUCCACGAAGUUCCCAUCCCUCUGACAUUGAAAGGCAUGGCCCUGGCCCACCUAGACCACCUGCAGCCGGCCGACCAGAUGGUGGUGAAGUGUGCUGCCAUCAUCGGCCAAACCAUCACCACGCAGAUGCUCAUCAACAUCCUGCCAGAGUCAGAAAACCCCGACAAGCUCAACCUGUCGCUCACCUCCCUGUUCAAGUCGGGCACGUUUGAGUGCGGCUCCAAGCCCAAGCAGUUCACCCAGCAACUCACCAAGGAGUCAGAGUGCUGGGGCGCGCUCAACUGCUACUGUGUCCAGGACAGCCAAGAAGACGUCCGUGAAGAAGUGUCAGGCAAGGCGUCUGUGGACGGCGUGUGGCGCUGCAGGGUGAUGCGUUUCUGCACGGCCCUGGUCAAGGAGACGGCCUACGAGCUGUGGCUGAAGGAGCAGAAGAGAGACAUCCACCAGAAGUGUGCCAGCUACCUCCUCAAGCAGGCCCACCGCUGCAGGGACUGCGGCAUCGCCGAGUUCAUCUUCGGCCACAAGGCGGCUAUAGGGAACAACCUCAUCGAGAUCCACCCGAGUUUGCUCAACGUACAAGAGUCUGGGGAGGCCCUGUUCCUGGGCCAAAGUACACUGGGGCUCCCCAAGGAGACUAUACAACUGAACCAGGUCAGCCCUUUGCAUCCCAACAGUGAGGAGGACGAGUUCUUGUUGAAACUAGAUUCUAUGGUGAAUGAGUACAACACCACAGUGGACAGAACCAGGAAGUGUAGGUGUGCCCAGGUGACGGAGUGUGUGCUGUGCCCCAUGGUGCGCCACUGCACAGGCGUGGGCGACGUGCCCAAAACCUUUUAUUACCUGCUAGAGACCGCCGCAGCUUCGGCCUACCUCUCCAACAACCUCAAGGCCCUGUCCUAUUUAAACGAAGCCAAGAUCAUACUGGAUAAUCUGAAAGUGGGCAAGCCAGCCUUUGAGACUGCCGACCCGAAAGUCAAAGUGAAAAUCAACAACUUUGAGAGAGCCUGUAUUUUCCGUCUCAGAGGGGAGGUGUUGUACAACACAGGCCAAAUCGAGGAGGCUGAGAGCAUGUUUUCCAGCGCCCUACGGCUCCUGAACAGACGUCUCCCUACGAACCGCGUGGCCAUGUCCCUGAAGUACGUCUGUGAGAAGAUGAAGAGUCUGUGCUACAGAUCCAAGAACGCUGACAACCCUGGAGAGAAGAAGCUGGCGUUCCUCCACGAGCAGAUCUGCUGUCUGUCGUACAUGUGGCAGAUCGGCUGCAUGAGGAGAGCUCCCAAGAACAUGCUCAACGCAUCGCUGGCCAUCACUAUGGAGAUGAACUCAGCCCAGAAGAGUGCAGAGGAGAACAAGAUCAUCUUCUCGUGCAUCGACUACCUCCAGUACUGUCAGCUGAGUGGUCAGGACGACCGGUGUAAGAUCUAUGAGAGGAUGCUGUGUGGAACCUGUGUUGAGCUGCCUGACUGCAUGGAGGGCCUGAUCCUCACCAGCUACUUCAUACGCGCCCUCUCCAUCGUCAAGCUCUGCUCCGGAGCCCUGCAUGAAUCCAUCCAGUAUGGUCUCCGAGCCGAGCAAAUCAGCAAGCUGACGAACCGCCGGGGCCUGGACAUGUUGAUGAUCUCUGUCCUUCACACACCCCUCCUCCUCACACAGAGGUAUGAGGAGUGUGUCCAGCUGAUGCAGAGUCUGGAGUACCUGGGAAACAGGACCCGCAUCAGCACGGCUAAAGGCUGGUUCUAUGCAGGCUGCUUUGACUUCCUGCUCUACUCAGGCAAGUUGGAUAUUCCAUCACUGUGGGACACCAUCUCCACGUGACAUAUCUUAGUUAAUGAACU